UUAAUAUCCUGUCUUUUAUUAGCUAAAUUCGUAGUUACAUUCGACUGAGAACAUUGUGCUUGCCUUACUUAGUAUCUGCCGUUCAAGGGCUUAGAACGCGGGGCAAAUAAGCCUAUUAUUCUUUUGAUGUUACGAAAGUGCGAAGCCAACUAAUGAUUACCAUAUUGUUUUGAAAAAGGUAUUAUAAUAAUAUAACACGUCUUUUAAAAUAAUUUUGCAAGUUUAAACUAAGUAGGCUCUCUCUCCAUUGUGAUUGUCAGACAAAUUACUCGCACAAGUUUUCUUGAUACACGAGCUCCCGAUUCGUCAGCCAGCGCCCAAUAGCACGGCACGUUGAGUCACUUAGGUUCGACUCGGAACGGCACGUACCAAUUUCCAAUGCUGGCACAGUUGGUACUCCCUUUUCAGCCGUGGCGUAGCAGAGCCCUCCUCUCCCCGCACCCCCUGCCGUGGAAUAUCAAGAAGACUUGCGCGUAUAGUGCGGGAUGUAUCGUGUAGCCUACAAGGGCACAUACUACGGGUUAUACAGGUUUUGUUCUUAGUAUCGCGAAGUAGGAAAUUAAGCGUCGGUGCACGGCUAAAAUGCAACUUUUCGUCCAUUUAUUUUGUGGAACGUGGGAAAUCCUUCGAAGGCCCAAGGGCGUUUCGGAAUGACGUUCAGCGCGUCCAUUUCCUCUCUAAACGAGUGCUGGUGGUGAACGUGACGUGGCGAGGCAAGACGUACGUGGGGACGCUGCUGGACUGCACCCGCCACGACUGGGCGCCCCCGAGGUUCUGCGACUCCCCGACCAGCGACUUGGACGCGCGUCUGCCCAAGGGGCGCGGCAAGCGCGGGCGCGCCGCGGCCAGCGCCUCGCCCGGCGGCGACCUCAGCAACUUCACGGAGACGCGCUCGUCCGUCCACAGCAAACUGAGGAACGGCGGCGCCAAGGGGCGGCGCGGCGGCGGCGGCGGCGGCAGCG